AUGAGCACAAGACGUCCGAGAAGACUUUUAGCUGCUUGUCAUAGGUGCCAUUCGCAAAAGAUCAAGUGUUCUGGUGACAAGCCGUGUCAUUCAUGUAGUUCUACAGGCAGGGCGGGUGAAUGUGAGUUUCCUGCCAACAAAGAACGCAAGAUUCCUGUUUCUGAAAGUUACCUCAAAAAGCUCGAAGAAGAUAGUCGAAAACUACAAGCCAUUGCGAGCCAUAACCAAACACCAGAGACUGAACCAACCUUUACUCCCCAGAGUAACCAACACCCUCAAAAUGAUUACGAUCCACCGUCACUCUCGAAAGAAGAGAGUAAUCUUUUCAAUCCGCUCUUCGAUAGACAACCCGAAAAGCCCAUCCAAGAACGCUCCUCCGAACCAGGUUUCAUAGGCGAAGCGUCAUGCGCAGCCUUUAGUAACCGACUCUUGUCAUGUCUCGACGACACAUAUACACCUUCAACGGCUGGUCUAUCAAACUACCAUCGACUCAGCACAUACACAAGGUUACCCGCCGCACAAGGGUCGGAGUUUCCAGAGCGGAUGCAUGUUAAGCUACUACUCAACGUGGCUCGACGCUUCAUCGGAAAUUACCACCCUUUGUUUCUUGAAGUUACCUUUAUGAAGGAGAUUGACGCAGUAUAUCGAAGAGAGAUGGUACCUUCGUCGUUGUGGUUGUGCAAGUUCUAUGCUCUCAUGGCUUUGGGCGAGAUAUAUACUCAUAGAAGAGGUGUCGGGGAUAACAAUAGAGUGCCGGGUACGAAUUACUACGUGAGAGCAGUGAGCUUACUGCAGGAGAACCAAGAUUGUUAUGAAGAACCAUCCUUGAUGCAAGUAGAGGUUCUCACACUUUUGGCCUGGGCUUCUAAUGUUUUGGGCCGCAUCCGAACAGCAUACUGCUACAGUGGUAUCGCCAUGCGUUUAGCCCAAAGUCUCGGCAUGCACAGGUCUGCAUCGCGACACACAACCCUCACACCAGUCGAGCGAGAGAGUCGAACACGGACAUGGUGGGUUUUGUACUUUUUCGACCGUUUCUCAGCUUCCAAGCUAGGGCAGCCCAUUACAGUCAGAGAUGAAGAUAUAGACGUCGAGAUGCCUAGCCAAGAAGGUUUGACGAGGGAAGAAAUGGCCGAGUUUCUGGAUCCACAGAAUCUCAUCACGAAUAUUAAGCUGGCGAGGAUUAUUGGGAAUAUUUUGACACAUAUAUACGGUAUACCGAAAGCCACAAACGGUCUUUAUAUCCAUCAGGUACAUGGUAUACUAAAGCAACUUCGAGAAUGGCAUGACGAACUACGACCCGACAUGCGCGUCAAAGAACGUGGGACUCCCAGACCUGUGGCGAGUCUUCACCUUGCAUAUAACCAAUGCAUUAUACAAACAACUCGUCCCGUUUUGCUGCAUCUAUUCAAGACACAAUUUCAACUGGGUCCCAAACCAAGAGAUGACGUUCCACCUCGACAAAACGUUUCAUCCAUCACACUAGCCCUGGCGGAGAGUUGUGUCAAUGCUGCUCAGGCGUCUAGCCGUAUCGUUGAAGGACUAUUUCUUGAUGGCAGUAUUGCUACGUUUGGAUAUUGGGAUGCGCAUCACAUAUUUUCAGCAGCCAUGAUUCUCAUCAUGUCAGCCGUUAUGAAACCCACAGCUGUUAAUUCUGACCAUCUCGAGACGUUACUUAGUGUUUUACGCUCAUUGAAGAAUGAUGGGAACAUUCCAGCCGUGGACUUUUGUGAAAGACUAUCACAUAUCCAAACUCGAGUUUCGACACUCAGAGCGACGGGCCGUUUAGAUGGUGUUCCGCCUACUACAAGACCACCUUCACCGAACGAAAACCUCGAUUCAUCUGCAGGUCAGAACCAACCGCUUCAGACACCGAUGAGCAUGGAUACAGAGUGUAAUGGGGUUGUUGAUUAUGAUAAUGUGGAUAUCCUAGGAAACCCACUUAUCGGGAGUUUCUUGGAUGGGAAUCAGGUUCAAUGGCUGGAUAUUCUUUUUGCAGAGGAUGGGACGUUGAAGGAGUUUGCUUCAGAGAUUGAAGAUCAAUUUUUGUUUAGGUAG